AGGCGGUGGGAUCAUAGGUGCUCCUUAUUUAAUGAAAAGGACAAGUUUUAGUGCAGUAGCCUUUCAGGUCUGGAGGCCUUUGACCUGUCCCCAGGCUAACUGGAUGCUUUUGGGGAGGAAGGUGGCCACCCAGCCCCAUGACUGCUUCUCACCCCAACGAGCCCUGCAGAGGUGCUGCCGAUGGCUUAACUCUCAUCACAGGAACAGACCAGUGAGGGCAACUUAGGGACCGCAGCCAAUCAAUCAGAGGGCGGAGAGCCUGAGCCAGUCAGAGGGAGAUGGGCCCCAGACAGUCAGAAAGGAGGAGGAGGACCUGAGCUGGUCAAAAUGAGAUGGCUCUAACCUGUCAAAUGGAGGAGGACCCCAGCCAGUCUGGUCUGAGGGAGGAGGGUCCAAGCCUGUCCAAGGGAGGAGGAGGCCAGGCCCACUGAGGGGCCCCUGGAGGACUUGUUUCCCUUGUGGUUUUUUUGUACUUCCUGUUCCCUUGCUCACUGCGGAAGUUCCUCUUCUUACCCUGCACCCAGAGCCUAGCCAGAGAGGACAAGGGCAGGAGGCGCCAUGAGUGGGGGCCCUGUGGGAGGCAGACCCGGGGGCCGCGGAGGUCCAGUUCAGCAGAACAUACCCUCCACCCUCCUUCGGGACCACGAGAACCAGCGACUCUUCGAGAUGCUUGGACGGAAAUGCUGGACACUGGCUACCGCAGUUGUUCAGCUGUACCUGGCGCUGCCCCCUGGAGCCGAGCACUGGACCAAGGAGCAUUGUGGGGCUGUGUGCUUCGUGAAGGAUAACCCCCAGAAGUCCUACUUCAUCCGACUCUACGGCCUCCAGGCUGGCCGGAUGCUCUGGGAACAGGAGCUGUACUCACAGCUGGUCUACUCCACUCCCACUCCCUUCUUCCACACCUUUGCUGGAGAUGACUGCCAAGCGGGGCUGAACUUUGCGGACGAGGGGGAAGCCCAGUCCUUCCAGGCCCUGGUGCAGGAGAAGAUACAAAAAAGAAAUCAGAGGCAAAGUGGAGACAGACGCCAGCUACUCCCAACACCAGCACCAGCCAAUGAGGAGAGAAGAGGAGGGCUCCCACCCCUGCCCCCACACCCAGGUGGAGACCUAGGGGGCCCACCAGCUGGCCCACUGGCCUUGGGGCUGGUGACAGUAGACAUCCAGAACCCGGACAUCACGAGUUCACGAUACCGUGGGCUCCCGGCACCAGGACCUGGCCCAGCUGACAAGAAACGCUCAGGGAAAAAGAAAAUCAGCAAGGCUGAUAUUGGUGCACCUUGUGGAUUCAAACAUGUCAGCCACGUGGGGUGGGACCCCCAGAAUGGAUUUGAUGUGAACAAUCUAGACCCGGAUCUCCGGAGCCUGUUCUCCAGGGCAGGCAUCAGUGAGGCCCAGCUCACCGACGCAGAGACCUCUAAACUUAUCUAUGACUUCAUUGAGGACCAGGGCGGGCUGGAGGCUGUGCGGCAGGAGAUGAGGCGCCAGGAGCCACUUCCACCACCGCCACCCCCAUCCCGAGGAGGAAACCAGCCCCCCCGACCCCCUACUAUGGGGGGUAACAAGGGUCGUUCUGGCCCACUGCCCCCUGUACCUUUGGGGGGUACUCCGCCCCCGCCAACACCACGGGGACCCCCACCCCCAGGCAGAGGGGGCCCUCCACCACCACCCCCUCCAGCCACCGGACGUUCCGGACCACUGCCUCCCCCACCCCCAGGAGCUGGGGGUCCGCCCCUGCCACCACCCCCGCCACCACCACCACCACUGCCCAGCUCUGGAGAUGGACCAGUUGCUCCUCCACCCCUUCCUGCUCUGGGGUCUGGGGGGGGCCUGGCCUCUGGUGGGGGUCGGGGGGCACUUUUGGAUCAAAUCCGGCAGGGAAUUCAGCUGAACAAGACUCCGGGGGGCCCAGAGAGCUCAACGCUGCAGCCACCACCACAGAGCUCCGAGGGGCUGGUGGGGGCCCUGAUGCACGUGAUGCAGAAGAGAAGUAGAGCCAUCCACUCCUCAGAUGAAGGGGAAGACCAGGCCGGUGAUGAGGAUGAGGAUGAUGAAUGGGAUGACUGAGCUGCUGUCCCCAGCGUGCCUCCCCAUAGUCCACCUGUGGCUCCCUGCUUCCCACUGGUACCUGCUCUCGUCCCCGCUCCCUUGGCAGCACCCUACUCUCUGCAUCCAGGCACUAAGCCCUGUUUCUUCCCAGUCAACCCCUCCAGUGCUGUUAUCCCUGACUGGCCCACACUCACCCUAGCAAAAUUUCUCAAUCCUCCUCACUCAUUUUUGAAACAAAGAUAAAGUAAUCAUCUUUUUCUCUCUCUAAAUCUGAGUUUGCUUAUAUUCCAAAUGUGGGAGUUUGGGGUCCCUCUUCCCCAAGGUCCCUGAUAUUUAUUCACCUAGCUUUACAUGUAUGUCUUCAUUUAUUCACUCAGCCAUUUAGCCUGUAUUUCUUUGUUUCCUCCUGUCCUUCUUUCUUUCCACAAACAUUUAUUGCCACUGGCUCCUCCCCUCUCCUCCAUGACACCCCCCCUCCAAAAAAAGGAGUAACUCAAAACUGUCCCUGUGUUUGAAGCUUUUCCCAGGGGAGUAAUUAGAAACUCUUGCAAGUUAAAGCCUAAAAUCGAGGUCUCUACCCCUUUCCAUUUCUGAAAUCUGGUAGAUUCAAGAUCUCAGGUAUCCUACCUUUAGAGAAGGAGGAGGAGAGGGGCAGGAAGAUAAAGGUGAGGGAGAAUCCACGUUUCCAAGGGCAGGUUUCCAAGACCAGUGGAAGAAUUUCUGAACCAUUGAGGCAGAGGUAGAGGGAAAGGGAGGAAACCAGCUAGCCAUUGGGGGUGCUGGGGACAAGAUGUCGGGAGUGGGAGCUGGCUAUGCCCCUUAAAAAUUCUCCCAGAACCAUGGAAGAGAGAAUUCCCCUGGAGCAGGAGAAGGAGGGGGCAUGUCCCAGGUUUCCUUUAAUUCUUGAAUUCUUGCAUUAUUCCACUCCUACCCUAGCUGGCCAGGCCCCCAGCAUGAGCAUUGAGUCUAGAAAGGGCCUGUCAGGUAUCAAUUACCCCCUUCCCACCCCUGCAGAAACCCUAGAAAUCCAGUGCUCCAAGACAUCUCCCUCCCUCUUGGCGCUAGGGCCAUUUCUCGGUCUUCAGACAGGAAGGCAUCACACAACCUCUGAAUCCCCUUGAGCACAGGCUAAGAGAAGGCAGAGACUCAGGGUAAAAGAAUUGACUGUGGGCAAUUUGCUUGACCUCUCUGGGCCCCAGUUUCCUCAGUCUUUAAAAUAGAAAUAAAAAUGCUUACCUCGUGGGGCUGUGUCAAGAAUUAAAGUAGAUGGUGUCUGCAAAGUGUCUGGAUCAUUGUAGGCAUCUAUAAACGUUAGCUGCCACUAUUGUUGCUGUGGUUGUUAUUACUGAAUUUCACUGACUCUGACUCACCAUUGAUUAUAAAAUGCACCAUUAUUUUAUGUAUCACUAAGAAAGGCAAAAAAAUACCGCCAAUUAAAUUAUGACCCAACAGUA